AUGGGCUCUCGUCAUGAUGCCUCAUCUAGUGCGGUGCGGAAGCGGAUCGAGAAUCAUGACUUCAACAAUGAGACCGGCGAGGAGUACGAAGCCUCCAGCUUCGGCGGCUUUGCAGAUUAUAUGCGCCGAAAGAAGAUCAAACUUCAGAAUCUAGACGCAGAAAUCCGAUCGACAUCCGGCGACUGUCCACCCAUCUUCCGCGGGGUCGUUGCGCAUGUUAAUGGCUACACCCAACCCUCCCUCCAAGAUCUCCACCGCCUAAUUGUCAGCCAUGGUGGUGGCUUUCUACAAUACCUAGAUAGUAAGACUAUUGCUACGCAUAUAAUCGCCAGUUCAUUGACCCCGAAGAAACGAGAAGAGUUUCGACGGUAUCGCAUUGUGAAACCUGCUUGGGUAACCGACAGCAUUAAAGCCGGUCGUUUACUUCCUUGGGAUGAAUAUCGUGUGGUAGACGAAGGUCAUGCUCAAAAAAUCUUAAAGUUCGGUGAUGGUCGCUUUGGCAGUCAUACCAACACUCCCCAGUCGAGUUACAGAGACCAAUCCAGAAAGAGCUGGUACAACGCACAAAUACAAUCGAUGAGUUCAACUGGGGUGUCAGAAACUCCAUCUAAGCCACCACGGCCAUCUCCAAAUUUCCCAAGUCAGCCCUCUCAAUCCGACUAUGGCGAUUUCCCAAGCUUCACUGCCCUCGAUGAUGUCAAAUCCAGUUCUCCCACUAAGGAGCCCCGAGAUUCAAACAUCACGUCCGAGAAGCCGAUGACUACCAAUACCUCUGAUGGAAUACGUCAGGCUUCCCCUGAAAGAGAACUGCAAAUUUCGGAAAUAUCUGCGGUAGCAAGCGAACCCAGCCCUUCGUUGGACCCCCAGAUGACCUCUGAGGAAUACAACGCACAGCUUCUCACCGAUCCCCGAAUGCGAAAUUCAAGCUUUGCCAAUCCUGACUUCAUUCAGCAAUAUUAUCGAGAGUCCAGACUUCAUCAUUUGUCAACAUGGAAAGCUGAGUUGAAAGCCCAACUUCAAGCAGCAACCAGGGAGAAGGCACAAUCGCAACCUCCUCCAAGAAGAGCUGCACCUGGAUCAAGAAGAUACAUUCUUCAUGUCGAUUUCGAUUCAUUCUUCGCCGCAGUUUCGAUUCUAAAACGACCAGAUCUCAGAGAGAAGCCGGUGGCCAUUGCACAUGGUUCGGGUCCUGGUUCUGAGAUCGCCAGUUGUAAUUAUGUCGCGCGGGGUCACGGUGUGAGAAACGGCAUGUGGAUGAAAGGUGCUCUGCAGGCAUGCCCUGAACUUCAGGUACUGCCUUACGACUUUCCCGCGUACGAGGAUGCGAGUCGCAAGUUCUAUAGCUCUGUCCUUGCUAUUGAUGGCAUUGUUCAAAGCGUGAGCAUCGACGAAGCGCUCAUCGAUAUUACAAAUCAAUGUUUGGAGGCGGGCGGCUCCGACAAUCAAGACGCGUCAGAAGAGUCUAUUGAUCGUGAGCGUGCAUUGGCAGACGAGAUUGCCCAAAACUUGCGGGAUUCGAUCAAAGAAAAGACAGAAUGUGCUGUUUCAGUUGGGAUCGGCGGCAACAUUUUAUUAGCCAAAGUGGCGCUGAGAAAAGCAAAGCCAGCAGGACAGUUUCAGCUUAAGCCGGAUGCCGUCCUAGACUUUAUCGGAGACCUGACCAUAAGAGAUCUUCCGGGCUUUGGAUCCAGCCUUGGAAGUAAGAUGGAGGAGAUUGGUGUUAAAUUCGUCAAGGAUGUUCGCGACAUCCCUCGAGAGAGAUUGGUCUCCAGUUUAGGGCAAAAAACCGGUCUGAAAAUAUGGGAAUAUGCUCGGGGUAUCGACAAGGCCGAGGUCGGCAACGAAGUACAGCGAAAAUCAGUUUCGGCUGAGGUCAAUUGGGGCAUCCGAUUUGUCAAUCAGGAACAGGCGGAUGACUUUGUCAGUUCUCUAUGCAAAGAACUCCACGGUAGACUUGUUGAAAACCUGGUCAGGGGCAAACAACUUACGCUAAAGGUCAUGCGGAGGUCAUUGGAUGCUCCCCUUGAGUCCACAAAACACCUUGGUCACGGCAAGUGUGACACGUUCAACAAAAGCGUCGUCAUUGGCGUGGCCACCAAUGCGUCCGACAUUUUAGGCAAACAAGCCAUCUCAAUGUUGCGAAGCUUCAACUUCUCCCCAGGUGAUCUCAGAGGUCUCGGUGUCCAAAUGACCAAGCUGGAGCCGCUCAAGGCUGGGCCCACUACAACCCUUGAAAGUAGCCAGCGACAGCUCAAUUUCCAGGCGUCCCCCGUACGCAAAAAGCCAGUGGUGAAUGCGGACCCUGAUGAAUUGGACAGUCCCCAAAAGGGCGAUUCUGCCAGGAUCCAGGUCGAUCCAGUCCUCAGCAACAGUGCGCAUAAGCCAAUGAACAUGUCAGGAUCUCAGUUCAUCAUGCCCACGCAAGCAGAUCCUCAGACCAUCUCAGAACUACCUGGAGACAUCAGAUCAAGACUUGUGGCACAAGCAAAACCCCGACAAGAUUCCCGCUCUGGCUCUCCAUGUCCACCUCCCCGUUCGCGAGAAACUGUUAAUACCGAUCUACCUCCUCAGUCCCAGUUGGAUCCAGAGAUCUUGGCUGCUUUGCCCGAUGAUGUUCGAAAUGAAGUCCUGGGCUACUACAGUGUACCACCCACUACAUCCGCCCCCUUAGCACCACCUUCACUGCCAGCAGCAUCUAUACCGCGACCCGCAUCUUCUAGCGGACUCAAACUAAGAAGGCCAACAUCCCCUCCUAAGAAGAGACGCGGUCGUCCUCCGAAAUCUACGUCAACUGCCAACAGUCAUUUGAAGCAGUCGAGUUUUGCAUUGCCACGAGCUGCGGCUGUUGCAAUUUCAACAAGCCAAACGACAUCUCGACAGCCUUCUCCGGCUAUACAAGAACCGCCCGAAGCCUCGGCAGAAUUUCUAGCUGCACUUCCUGAAGACAUCCGACAAGAAAUUCUCGAAGAGCAAAAGCGAGCACGAAUGGCCCAGACUCCCCAUGUCUCCGUUCCAGCACCAACCAGGCCACCCUCCCAACCUCAAGCACCAGCCGCCCCUGCUCCUGCCCCUGCUCAGGUUGAAAAGGUAUUACAUCUACCUCCUCUGCCCGAACGCCCUGUCUUCACAUCGCAGCGUCUAUCUGCUUUGCCAGAUCUGCGAGAUGCAGUCGGGGCAUGGCAUUCAGCUUUUGCAACCGAUGGUCCCUACGAGGAAGAUGUCCAGGCCCUAUGCACGUACCUGCGAUGUGUCAUUUUCGAUGAAAAGGAUAUUGAUAAAGCUUUUUCUGUCGUGCGCUGGCUUAUGUGGCUUGUUGGCGAGCAUGCCUCUCCGGAUGAUUUAGUUGAGAAACAACCCCCUCGAUCUGCACAGAGUGAUAUCGUGACCUGGGCCGAUGCAAUUCACGUAAUGCAAAGUGCUGUACAGCGGGCUUUGGAUGAGAGGGGGCUGCCAUCUUUGGACUUUGAAUAG